AUGGCCGGGGCGGCGGGCGGCGGGGAGAGGCGGGGAGCGGCGGCGGCUCUGACGGCGGUGAGAACCGAGGGCACGGCAGGGAACCCCCUUCCGCCGUCCCGGGGGACUCCCUCUCCUCCUCCUUCUCCCCCUGCUCCUCCUUCGCCGCCUCUGUCCCGCCGCCACCGGGGGCUGCUGGCGGGACCGCGCCCCGGGGCCGCCCCCCGCCCCGCCGGGGCCCCGCGUUGCUGCCGCCGGCGGCUGCAGAACUGUCUGUACAACGUGCUGGAGCGGCCCCGUGGCUGGGCCUUCGUCUACCACGCCUUCAUCUUCCUCCUGGUCUUCAGCUGCCUGGUGCUGUCAGUCUUCUCCACCAUCCAGGAGCACCAGAAACUGGCCAACCAGUGCCUCUUCAUCCUGGAGUUCGUGAUGAUUGUGGUGUUCGGCAUGGAGUACAUCGUCCGCGUCUGGGCUGCCGGCUGCUGCUGCCGCUACCGGGGCUGGCGAGGGAGGUUCCGCUUCGCCAGGAAGCCUUUCUGCGUGAUAGAUUUCAUCGUCUUCAUCGCCUCGGUGGCUGUCAUCGCGGCUGGCACCCAGGGCAACAUCUUGGCCACCUCGGCGCUGCGCAGUAUGCGCUUCCUGCAGAUCCUGCGCAUGGUGCGCAUGGACCGGCGCGGGGGCACCUGGAAGCUGCUGGGCUCCGUGGUCUAUGCCCACAGCAAGGAGCUCAUCACCGCCUGGUACAUUGGUUUCCUGGUGCUCAUCUUCUCCUCCUUCCUCGUCUACCUGGCAGAGAAGGAUGCCAACGUCCAGUUUGCCACCUAUGCCGACUCCCUUUGGUGGGGCACGGCUUCUCCCUGCUCUGCCCCCGGGCAGGUCACCCUCACCACCAUCGGCUACGGGGACAAGACACCGCAGACCUGGCUGGGACGGAUGCUGGCAGCUGGCUUCGCCCUGCUUGGCAUCUCCUUCUUCGCGCUGCCAGCUGGGAUCCUGGGCUCUGGCUUUGCUCUCAAGGUGCAGGAGCAGCAUCGGCAGAAGCACUUUGAGAAGAGAAGGACUCCAGCGGCCAACCUGAUCCAGGCUGCCUGGCGCCUCUACUCAACUGAUGCCAGCCGGGCAUACCUGACUGCCACGUGGUGUUACUAUGACAGCCUCCUGCCCUCUUUCAGAGAGCUGCUCCCAAUGUUUGAGCACUUGCACCGAGCCCGCAACGGAGGAUUUAGGAAUUCAGAGGUGAAAAAAUUACCUGAUGGAGCUCCACCACCUUACCACUCCUUCACCCCUGGCCAGAAAAGCCUCCUCCCUGCUGCUUGUUCAGGGGAAAGCUGGAAGGAGGAGGAUGUGGAGCCCCACAAGUGCUUACGCCUCAGCAACAGGAUGGGUCUGAAGGAGCGCAUGCGGCUGGGCAGCUGCCAGCGGCAGGGCAGCCGAGGCAGGCUGCAGCUGGGGCCCCCCCUGCACCGCUCCCCCAGCACGGAGGAGCUGCCCGAGGCCCCCAGCCCCACCAAGGUGCAGAAGAGUUGGAGCUUCAACGACCGCACUCGCUUCAGAGCCUCCCUCAGGCUCAAGCCCCGAGCGGCCCUGGAGGCUGAGUGCCCUCCGGAGGACAGCGGCGAGGAGAAGAGCUCCCACUGCGAUCUGAGCUUCGAGGACAUCAUGCCAGCAGUGAAGACCCUCAUCAGGGCUGUCAGGAUCCUCAAGUUCCUGGUGGCCAAGAGGAAGUUCAAGGAGACCUUGCGUCCCUACGACGUCAAGGAUGUGAUUGAGCAGUACUCAGCAGGUCACCUGGACAUGCUGGGCAGGAUCAAGAGCCUGCAGACACGCGUGGACCAGAUCGUGGGCAGGGGAGCCCUUGCCACAGACAAGAAGGUGCGGGAGAAGGGGGAGAAGCUGGCACUGGAGACGGAGCUGGUGGACGAGCUCAGCAUGAUGGGACGGGUGGUCAAGGUGGAGAGGCAGGUGCAGUCCAUCGAGCACAAGCUGGACCUGCUGCUCGGCCUCUACUCCCAGUGCCUCCGCAAAGGCUCCAUCAACUCCUUCAGCCUGGCAGCCGUGCAGGUGCCACCCUGCGAGCCCGACAUCACCUCUGACUACCACAGCCCCGUGGACCACGAGGACAUCUCUGUCUCUGCCCAGACCCUCAACAUCUCCAGGUCUGCCAGCGCCAACAUGGACUGAGCAGCGCCGGAGGCAGCGGCGCGGAUGCUGCCGCGGGGUGCCAGGAGGUGGCGGCAGCCUGGUUGGCAUUGCCCGCUCCUGUCCUUCCGUGUC